GGCCGGGGCGGCGGCGGUGUCUCCGCGCGGGCGCUGCCAUCGCCCGUGUCUCCGCAGCAUGUGGCGCGUGGCGCGGUCGGCCCGGCCGCUGUGGCUGGUCCCGGGGCGGGGCGCGGCGUCGGUGUCGGUGUCGCCCGCGGCCGGGCUGGCGGACGAGCGGGUGGAGACGCGCGUGUCGGGGCUGGGCGCGGGGCAGGCGGUGACGCUGCGCGCGGUGGCGGCCGACGAUGGCGGGCGGCUCUUCCAGUCGUGCGCGCACUACUGGGCCGACGGGCUCGGGCGGCUCCACCUGGGCACGCAGCCCUCGCGCGGCGGCGACUACACCGGCGUGGAGCCCAUGGGGCUGUUCUGGAGCUUGGCCCCCGCCGCCAUGGAGAGCCCGUACCGCCGCCUGGUGCCCCGCAGCACCCGCGCCCCCAUGAAGGUGGAGGUGUUGGUGCACCAGGGCCACAGCGCGCCCCGCGCCAUCCCCGGGCCGGUGGUGGCCAAGGCACUGGUGGAGAGGUGGUUCGCGGCCCCCGGCGUGCGCAGGAUCCGGCUGAAGGAGGGAGGCGUCAGGGGGUCCCUGUUCCUGCCGCCGGGGGAUGGCCCCUUUCCUGGAGUGAUUGACAUGUAUGGUGAUGAAGGAGGUUUGAUUGAAUUUAGAUCCAGUCUCCUGGCUAGCCAUGGUUUUGCUGCUCUUUCUCUGCCAUAUUUUGACUUUGAAGAUCUGCCUAAGGUCAUGAAGGAAUUAAAACUCGAGUACUUUGAGGAGGCAGCUAGAUUCCUACAGCGUCACCCGAAGGUGAAGGGACCAGGAGUUGGAGUGAUCGGGACUGGGAAAGGGGCAGAAUUAGCACUCUCCAUGAUCACCUUCCUGCCAGAAGUAGUGGCUGCUGUUUGUAUCUCCGGCUGUAGCUCAAACACAGUUGCAGACCUCCAUUAUGGUGAGAUGACUCUGCCUGGGCUGCGUUUUGAUAUGAGUAAGGUCAAUGUUUCCGAUGACGGUGUAUUUGACACUUUUGAAGCUCUGGAUGACCCAACAAAUCCUGCUAAUUCUCCUUGCACGAUCCCCAUUGAAAAAGCAGAAGGUCACUUUCUCUUAGUGGUAGGGGAAGAUGAUCGUGUGUGGAAGAGCCCCUUGUAUGCUGAGCUGGCUAUCAGGCGUCUACGGCAGCAUGGUAAAGAAAACUUUGAACUCUUGAGUUAUCCAGGAGCAGGUCACCGAAUUGAUCCUCCUUCUACUCCAUUUUGUCAGGCAGCUGUGGAUCGUGUGCUGGGGGUGCCUGUUCGGGGGGGUGGAGAGAGUAAAGCACAUGCCCAUGCACAGAUACACUCCUGGGGCAAGAUUCAGGAGUUUCUGCACUUGCAUUUGGGAUGAUCAUUUAAGCACCUGCAAGAUGUUGCAGAACUGCAGGGGACUGAGCUUGUGCCACCACAAUGACUGGUGAACUGGAGGGACUGACUGAGAAAAGCUUUGAAAUAUGGAAUAACCAAAUGACUUCUUAAGCUACAAGCAUAAAUCCAAAAAGAAAGGAUCCGUAAAACACUUAACAUUUAAAAGUUAGCUGGUUAAGCCAGUGAGACCUUUUUAAAACUUGUAGCCCAUAUAGUUUACAAAAAAAAAAAAAAACAGACCAAAGGUUUUUUUGCCCAUAGUGCUUCUGUGUUAAGAGUUUACUCUACAUCAUCCAAGUGGAAUUUCUAUUGCUAAAGCAAGUCAAAUGGCCCCUGUGCACUUAGUUUUGUCAUCAGGGAGAUUCUGAAGAGUCCAUGUCACCCAACAUGAUUGCUCUACCACAGGGCAACUCAUCACACUCACAGACAAACAGUUUAGUACACUGAUUAUUUGCUACUUUAAUUCCCUUACCUGUGCCAGUGCCUGGAUGCUUGUUUUUAUAUCAUCACUAGCUACUUGUGAAAUGACAAAGUUGAUAACAGAAGCUGUGCUGCUGUGCAUAUCAAAGUGCGGGGGGACAGCACGAGUGCACAUUGCCAGCUCAUAUCGAGCUCAUUGACCAGCAAGGACAGGCUGAGAGAGUUGGGCUUGUUCAGCCUGGAGAAGGCUCCAAGGAGACCUUAUUGCGACCUUCCAGUACCUGAAGGGGCUACAGGAAAGCUGGAGAGGGGCUAUUCAUAAAGGCUUGUGUGGAUUGGACCAGGGGGAACGGGUAUAAACUGGAGAGGGGCAGAUUUAGACUAGACAUUAGGAAGAAUUUCUUCAGUAUGAGCGUGGUGAGACAGUGGCACAGAUUGCCCAGGGAGGUUGUGGUUUCUUUCCAAAGUCUUCAUCAGAUUAAUCAAUUCCCUUAGCAAUGUGGAAAAUAGUAUUGCCACUGUUCUCCCUACUAAUGUUUCACUAAUGCAACAAGCCUACUCAAGGGAGACUCAAUCUGAAUGCUGAUACCAAUUCAACAGAUUGCUCAUCUUUGGAAGGUAGAAAGACACCAAAAGUAAAAAACAAGGUUAUACCACUUUAAAAUCUGAUCCUUUAAGCAUCUCCGAUUUUAUACAAAAUGCUAUACAUAGGCAAAUUUCAUAUUCCAUCAACUGUUAUCACGCUAUUUGCAAAACAAAGCAAUUUCAAGUACUUCACAAUUGCCCAGUUCAUGAUGUUCUUUCCCAUAUGUGCGCUGCUUUGAGUUUUUGGAUUUUGUCCCCUCCAUGAUUAAAGUGAACAUCUUGGUGGCUGGAUAGAUAAGACACAUCUUGUUCAGAAUGGCACAUACAUCCCUGUGGAAGAUAUCUUUUGGUUCCCCUACCUAGCUGGAAAAGGGGAAAACACACAGAUUUUAAACAGUCUCAUAAUACUGUCACAGUUAGUCUAAACAACAUCAGGAAAGUUAGAAUUACUCUCGAUGCAAAAAUCUUUUUUGGUAAAUGGCUUUUAAAGACAAAUAUGCAAUAUAGAAUCAGAGAAUCAUUUAGGUUGGAAACGACGUUUAAGAUCACUGAGUCCAACCAUUAACUUAGCACGGCCAAAUUCACCACUAAACCACGUCCCUAAAGCAGCACAUCAUCUACCCAUCUCAAAUACCUCUAGGGAUGGUGACUCAAUCAUUUCUCUAGGCGGGCUGUUCAAGUGCUUGACAACACUUUUGGUAAGGACCUUUCUCCUCAUAUCCAAUCUAAGCCUCCCCUGGUACAACCAGAGUAGAGCAGUGUCUCCCCUAACCUUAUUCUGUUACCACUCCAGUACCAACACCUCUGUCUCACACUCCAGUCCUACCUCAGCACAUCCACUGCUAUGCAAGAGUGCAAGCUGGAAGUUCAAGAGGUAAAUGUUAUGUUGUAAAUAAAACCAGGUGGCUUAAAAGUCCUCAGAUUUUGUUUCUAAAGCACAAGCCUUUAAAUAAUUAAGCACUGAAUGUUGUCAGAUAUAUGCAAUUUGAAAGAGAAGUAAAACUUUAUUAAAAAGCAAGACUGUGAAAGAAUUUGAUGUUAUAGUUUUAUUUCUGAAUAGUUCAUUUGUUUGGAAAGCUGGAUGGUAUUUUGAAACAAAGAAGGGAGAAGAAGUAAAAGGAAUGUGAUUUUGCUAUGAAGAUCAUUUUCUGUACAGGUCAGGAUGUUCCUGGCCAGAGUAAUUCCCAAAAUGAUCUGUAGAAAGCCAGCCAACUUUUGCACUAGUAUUUUGUAUGUUCACAGUCCCACUUGGAGACCAAAGAUGCAUAGAGUAGAAUCAUAAAAUGGUUCGGGUUGGAAGGGAGCUUAAAGAUCAUCCGUUCCAACCCCCCUGCCGUAGGCAGGGAUACCUCCCACCAGGCCAGGCUGCCCAAGGCCCCAUCCAACCUGGCCUUGAACACCUCCAGGGAUGGGGCAUCCUCAGCUUCCCUGGGCAACCUGUGCCAGUGUCUCACCACUCUCAUCAUGAAAAAUUUCUCCAUGGAAUCACUGAAUGGUUUGCAGACCUCUGCAGGUAACUCCGCAGCUGUUCCUUGGGGCAUCCGUUACGCUGAACGCCUGGUCACGGCUGUCGCUGAAGCCGCGUUAGUGGU